AUGGACCUUGAACGAGGAAGCACUCAUGAGAUACCGCCGGAUGCCCCACCAAGCCGCUUGACGGUGCUGGACCGGCACUCGGAUAAUGAUGAUGAUGAUGAUGAAGCGUUCAUUGACGUGUUAGUGGACGACCGUUCCGAGAAGUCGCCGUUCCUCCGUCUCAGUCACGACGAAGAUGACGAUGAGCUGCCGCAUCAGCGACGCGGCCGACGAGACGCCCCGCGGAAGACCGGACUCUCUGCCGCCGUGUUCGGCGCCGUAGUCUUUUUCGUCGUCUUCUACGCGUCGGGCAUGAUCUUCCCGGCGACUUCAACGCACAGCUCAGCGGCUGCGGCACCAGUUCACGUGGUCGAAGAACCUAUCCCAUCCACGCCGCACUUGAGGGACACGUCCGAAUAUGUCCUCGGCUCUUCCUGGGAUUUCGGUGCGGCCAGCAGCAUCAGGGAAUAUCACUGGACCAUUCAAGAUGCGACCUUGAAUCCGGAUGGCAUCUUUCGACCCAUGAUGCUGAUCAACAACCAGUUUCCGGGGCCGCUCAUCGAGUGCAAUGAAGGGGACACCAUCGUCGUCCACGUCCGCAACGAAGCCGCGAACGCUACCGCCAUCCACUUUCACGGCAUGCUGCAAAACGGCACGAACUCGAUGGACGGCACCGUCGGCGUCACUCAGUGUCCGAUCGCUCCCAACGCGACCUUCACGUAUCGCUUCACCGUCGACAACCAGUCGGGCACGUACUGGUACCACGCGCAUCACAGCGUGCAGGCUUCGGACGGCAUCGUCGGCCCUCUGGUCAUCCACUCGGCGGCCGAGAUAGGUCCGGAAAACACGUAUGCGACCGACCGCGUCGUCAUGAUCCAGGAUCAUUACCACAACACCUCCGCCGAGCUGUUGAUGGACUACCUCCAACCGGACCGGGAGAACGAGGAGCCCGUGCCGUCCAGCGGCCUCAUCAACGGGAGGAACUACCGGGACUGUUCCGACUUCGACGGCUGGGACUGCCAAAACAACGCUCCUCGGCUGCAGUCGCUCGAGUCCUUCGACCUGGCCCCGAACGAACGGCAUCGACUGCGAAUAAUCAACACGGGCGCUUUCGCCGAGUUCCAGGUCGAGAUCGACGAGCACCCCUUCUACAUCACCGAGGUCGACGGCACAGCGGUCCACCCCGAGCCCUUUCAUCGCCUCAACGUCCUCCCGGCACAGCGCUACAGCGUCAUGCUGGAGACCAACGCGACGGUCGGGGACUCGUUCUGGAUGCGCGCCAGGAUGGUCACCCAUUGUUUCGCGCGAGAAAACCCCUGGCUCGACCCCGAAGUGAGAGCCGUCGUCCGGUACAGCUCUCCCGCACGCCCGAAGGGCAUGAGGAGCACUACUGCACGGGAUGCCGCAGACACGUACGCGGAGCCGCAGAGCAAGAGCUGGGGCGAAGCCCCCGAGGUCGAAUGCCGGGACAUGGACGCCUCCAUUCUCAGGCCCGUCGAGGCCGUGCCGGCGCCGAAGGCCACCGCGUCCAUGUUCCUGCGCGCCAACUUCGAAAUCGGCGCCUGGCGGCUCUCCCGGGGCUUCUUCAACGCCUCGACGUGGCACGCCAACGUCACGUCGCCGGCCCUGUACCGGGCCAUCGAGGCCUCGAAGGCCGAAAACGGCACCCUGCUGCCCCUAACGACCGGGGUCAACGACGUCACCUUCGACCCGCAAAGGGAGUUUGUGUACCAGACGACGGGGGUGCAGACGGUGGACAUGGUCAUCAGCAACUUCGACGACGGGGCGCACCCCUUCCACCUGCACGGCCACAAGGUCUUCGUCCUCAAGCAGGGCCCGACGGGGUACCCGCCGGGGAGCGCGGCCGAGCUGGAGGCCGAGCUCGCGGCCGCCGGGGUCCUGGGCAACCCGCUGAGGAGGGACACCGUGACGGUCCAGGGGUACGGGUGGGCCGCCGUCAGGGUCGUGCUGGACAACCCCGGCAUGUGGGCGUUCCACUGCCACAACGCGUGGCACGCCGAGGCCGGCAUGAUGAUGGUCAUCGCGGCCAUGGUCGAGACGUCCAGGGGGUGGCGGGCAGGCGAGGAGGAGACGCGGCUGUGCGGGCUGCCGGGGGUCGAGAAGGGGGUCCGGCCGGGCGACGACCUCUGGUUCGGCAACUUUGGCUGA